AUGGCUGCCCCUCCUCCACCACCAGUCGGCGCGGGCGCGCCGCCCCUAGGCGCGGCCCCCCGAGGCGCGGGCGCGCCGCCCCUGGGCGCGGGUGCGGCUCUCCGGAACACCGAAGCGCUGGCCAGGGUGACGGACGCCGGCGCCGCCAUGGCAGCUGCUGCCCUUCCUCCACCACACUCCGCCCUCGUCACUGCCCUCACCGCUGCCCGCGCUGCUGCUGCGGACGGCCAUGUGCGCAUGCGGGCUGUUGCCCUCGCUUGGGAGCACGAGCACCAUGCAGCCGAUGACCUGGCUCGCAAGAUCGCCGAGGGGGAGCAACUGACUCUCUGUAUCUUCCUAGGUUACUCCCCUGAGCAUAAGGGGUACCGUUGCAUGGACCUCUCUUCUCGCCGUGUCCUCAUCUCUCGCCACGUAGUGUUUGACGAGUCGACAUUCCCUUUCUCCACCACCCCCACCUCCACACCUCCUGCUGACCCUGCAGAGGCUUCUUUUUUUCCCACUGACCCGGUGGUUCCCCCACCGUUUCCACUAUACCCUGCAGGUCUUGCUCCGGCACGCUCUCCUGGUGGUCCUUCGAGCCAGGACCCUCCUCCUGUACCUGGCACGGCAGAGGCAGCCCCAGAGCUUCCUCCACCGCUACCAGUGGUUGCGCUGCCUCCCGUUGUGCCCGAAGUCGUCGUCCCGAUCGCGGGACUGCGCACCCCGCCCUCACCUCCCCGGCGCUUCAGCCUCGUCUACCAGCGGCGGCGAGAGCCGGCUCCGCCUCUGCAGCCGGUGUCGCUGGCUCCGUCGCCGCCCUCGCCACCAGCGCUGUCGUCGCCGGUACGGGCUCCGCCGUCGACCCCGCCACCUCCGGCGGAGCACCCGUCCAUGCCGCCUCCGGCCCCGAGGCGCUCUCGCGCCGAGCCGCCGGUGUACCACCCGCCUCUACUUCACCGGGAUCCUCGUCACACUCACCCAAUGGUGACGAGGCAGGCAUCCCAGCUGCGGGCCCUCACCGCUGCUACCUGCGAGAUGGGGAUCUCUCCGGUACCCUCUUCCGUCCGCGAGGCCUUGUCAGAUCCUCACUGGCGCCGCGCGAUGGAAGAGGAGUACGCGGCCUUCCUCGCUAACCAGACGUGGGAUCUGGUGCCCCGUCCGCCGGCCUCCAAUGUCGUCACCGGCAAGUGGAUCUGGACGCACAAGCGGCGUGCUGAUGGUUCCUUGGAGCGCUACAAGGCUCGUUGGGUCCUCCGGGGUUUCAGUCAGCGGCCCGGCAUUGACUAUGAUGAGACCUUCAGUCCAGUGAUGAAGCCAGCUACCGUCCGCACCGUACUAUCUGUGGCUCUCGAGCGCUCCUGGCCUGUGCAUCAGCUGGAUGUCAAGAAUGCCUUCCUCCAUGGCACUCUGACUGAGACAGUCUACUGCAGUCAGCCGGCCGGUUUCGUGGAUUCUUCUCGCCCUGACUUGGUCUGCCGGCUCAACAAGUCUCUCUACGGUCUCAAGCAGGCGCCUCGGGCGUGGUAUUCUCGGUUCUCUACCUUCCUGCAGACUCUUGGGUUCAUGGAGGCCAAGUCCGACACCUCACUGUUCAUAUACCACCAUGGGGGUGAGACUGCUUACCUGCUCCUCUAUGUGGAUGACAUUGUUCUCACCGCCUGCAGCGAGUCACUGCUCCAGCGCAUCAUUACCACUCUCCAGAAGGAAUUUGCUAUGAAGGAUCUUGGUCUGCUCCAUCACUUCCUCGGUGUCACUGUUGAGCCCCGACCUUCAGGCUUGUUCCUCCACCAGCGGCAGUUCACUUGUGACAUUCUAGAGCGAGCAGGGAUGACUGACUGCAAGUCCUGUUCUACUCCGGUCGAUACCCAGGGCAAGCUGUCAGAGGCAGAGGGUCCGAUGCUUGGGCCAGAGGACUCUACCGCCUGGUCUUGCUGGCGCGCUCCAGUACCUCACCUUCACACGGCCUGACAUCACCUACGCCGUGCAGCAGCUCUGCCUCUACAUGCAUGCUCCGCGGGAACCCCACCUUGCUGCUAUGAAGCGGCUCCUCCGGUACCUCCGUGGCACUCUCGGCUAUGGGCUGCUCCUCAGCCGGUCCUCCUCUGCCGAGCUGGUUGUCUACACCGACGCUGAUUGGGCGGGCUGCCCGGACACCCGCAGGUCCACCUCCGGCUACGCUGUCUUCCUGGGCGGCAUCCUUGUCUCGUGGUCGUCCAAGCGACAGCCGGUGGUCUCACGCUCCAGUGCUGAAGCGGAGUACCGCGCCGUUGCCAAUGGUGUGGCCGAGGCUGCUUGGCUCCGCCAGCUCCUGGCUGAGCUUCACCGCCCCCUCGCCAGGAGCUCACUUGUCUACUGCGACAACGUCAGCGCCGUCUAUCUCUCCACCAAUCCUGUGCAGCACCAGCGGACCAAGCAUGUGGAGAUCGACCUGCACUUCGUCCGCGACCAUGUGGCCAUCGGCGACGUCCGGGUCCUCCACGUCCCGACCACCUCACAGUUUGCGGACAUCUUCACCAAGGGCCUCCCUUCCUCGACUUUCGCCGAGUUUCGCUCCAGCCUCAACGUCACCGGUGGCUAGUUGUGGCUGCCGGGGGGGGGGGGUAUUGUGUGUUAUGUGUUUUCCUUCUUGUCCAGUCUUGAACUCCGCUGUGCCGGUAGUCCAGACUGCGGGGGGGUGUUGGAGUAUAAGGUUUAGGCCCAUGUAUGUGACCAUAUUGCUACCCUUCUAGGGUCAGCCCAAGUAAUGGAAAUCACAGUUUACAGCACUCACAUAAACCAGCUUAUUUAGCCUCUGAUGCUCUAACCUGUUUCUUUUUUUUUUGUAUGGACUUACACAAAAGACAAUGCAUAUUCACAUACCAAUAUUGCUUGCAAGAACAGUACAGUAGCACUUAAUUACUUGCAAGUACAGUACAGUAGCACUUACAGCUGAAAAUUCACUCCAAUUACGUUCGCAUCCAGAUGCACUACAACAAAGGCUAACAAUCCUUUUUGCCAAGCAUUGGAGCUCAUAUGUUAGGCCACCAUAUGCUCCCCACCAGAGAACUACAAUUUCCAUACCAUAUCAUUAGUUCAUUGCUGAUUGCUUUCACAAAUAGUAGUACAUAAGGAUCAAGAAGGAUUACUUACUAGGAUUUUUUCUCUCCCUGUCUCUUAUUGCCAUUGGCAUUGAGAAGGAUUCACCUUCAGCCCUCUCAUAGUCAUCUGCCUGCAUGAUUAUCUUGUUCUGUUCCUCCUCUUCACUCACCAUCUUCCACAAAACUUUAUUAAACAUGAUCCUCAGCCUGUGGGCUUAUCUCCUAUCUUUUUCUUUUAUGGCAAAAAACUUGUUUGGAUUCAAGUAUAGGGCUGCUCCAUAUAGGUCCUGCUCCAUUUGGUUUUCCCAUCGAUUGUCAUAGUAUUUUAGUACUUCGUUGAGUAGAGUUGGUUUUCCUUUCAAAGAUUCCUUAAUUGUGGCCUUCGCCACUUCCAUGGCUGCCAUAAUCUCAGGAGCUGCUGGUGUCUCAUCUCCAUCAGCUAUCCUCAGAGCAAUAAGAAGUGGUUGUGAAGCUUUUAGGUAUAAUUCCACUUUGCUCCAAAAUGGCGCUGAAAGGAUAAUGUUCUCAACGCGCCGGCCUUCUUGAGUAGCUGAAAAGCUGAGGUUAUGCCAUUCAUCACAAACCACUAAACUCCUCAAUGCAUUCUUAUGCCUAUGCAUGCUUGCCAAUGUGAGAAAUGAAGUGGCAAAGCGAGUUACACCUGGCCUCACAAGAUCUCCUCCAAUUUUAUCUCGCAUUAGGUCUAGAACCCUCCCAUGCUUGUACACGAAUCUGGUCACCUUCUUUGCCAUGUUUAUGCAAGUGCUGAAUUCCUUGAUCUUCCCAAUAUCCUCCAGCAACAAAUCCAAGCAAUGGGCUGCACAUGGUGUCCAAAAUAGAUGAGGGAUCCUCUCCAUUAAAAGCCUCCCUGCUAGCUUAAAAUUGGCUCCAUUGUCAGUGACAAGUUGCACCACAUGUUCUUUCCCAAUCUUAUCUAUUUGCUUCUCUAACAAGUCAGCCAACAUAGGUGCAUUUGCUAUCUCACUGGAAGCAUCAAUAGACCCUAGAAAGAAAGUCCCUGCUGGACUGUUAGCAAGAAAAUUUAUCAGAUGGCGAUGGCUUGUGUCAGUCCACCCAUCUGACAUUAUGCUGCAGUCAUAUUCCUUCCAAGCCUGCUCAUGCUUCUUCCUCAACUCCGAUGUUCUAUUCACAGCUUUUUCUAGCAGCGGAUUCCUAAUCUCAUGAUAUGAUGGUGAGCGGUAACUUGGACCGUAUUGUCCAAUUGACUAGCAAGACUUCCCAGCUUCUUGAAUUAAUCACAUUCAAUGGAAGGCGAUUCUCAUAAAAGAAGUCUGCAACAUGAUCAUCAACAAUUUGUUUGGCCUCCUUACUUCUCUUUGUGCAGUGCUCAAGUGUAGGUUGAGUUAGCUUGGAUUUGUACCUCUCUGAAACUACCUCCUCUGGUGACUUGCAAAGCAUGGAACUCACUGCCUGGACUGUUUUUGAGUUGCAGGUUUUGCUGCAGCAGUAACAGUGAAAGUAGUGAUGGCAGCUUGAGCAAUCUUCUUCUUGGCUUGUUUACCUUUUGUUCCAGAACUUGGUACUGGUACAGCUGCAGCAGCAACAUCUUCCUCUGCAGCAGGAACAUCUUCCUCUUCAACUUCACCAUCUGCAUCCGCCGCUGCCACAACCACAGUCCUUGAAUUUUUUUUAUGUAAGCAACCAUCUCCCUCUUAACUAGUUCUGGACUCUGAGGACAACCAAUAGCAUCUCCAAACCCCCCAGCAAGGUGUUGCUUAAACCUACUUAUUCCAGAAGGGACUACCUUCUUGCAAAAAAUGCAUUGCACAAAAUCUUUCUUGGAAGGAUCUGGCCACCACCCAUACUGCCAUCCUGGAUCUUGACUUCUUGCCUUCCUCUUUUUGUCAACAGCUUGAGCAGCAAGGUCUGGAGGUAGUUUUGCUAUGGCCCUCUCAAUUAGGGAGGGGAUAUCUAUAGCAGAUGAGGCUAAGGAUGAAAAUGGAACGGAAAUAUUCCGUACCGACCGCUUUCGUUUUCUACAUUAUGAUAUCGUUUUCUAUAUUAUAAAACCGUUUUCGAAUUUUGUUAAACAUAAAACUUUGUCAGUUUCAGUUGGUUUCACAACCAUUUUUAUUUAUUUUUUAUACUCUUUAAUUGCUAAAAUAUAGAAAUAUUCCGUACCGACCGCAUUCGUUUUCUACAUUGUAAUUCCGUUUCCGACCGUUUUCAUCCUUAGAUGAGGCUGAGGCAGCAGUAGCAGCACCUGACCCAACAGAUUCUGGUUGUGGUUGAACUUCUUCAAGGUCAGACACAGUCAUUAUCACUUCCACGUUUGCACAUCGUCGAUCCACAUCUACAGAUUACAGAAGCAGAGGGACAUCACAAGCACUAGGAAAAGAUGGGGGGAGGAGAGCACCGAAAACCACCAGGAGAGGGACAUCACAAUGACAGCAAGCAUCUAGAGUGAGAGAUGAGGGGAGGAGGGAAGAAGAUGGAGAGGGGAAAAGCUUACCGUCGUCGGAGCUCAUGGUGAAGACCAGCAGUGGAAGAGGGAAGACCGGAGAAGUGGAGUUGUGGGGAGAGGAGUCGUGAGGUGGAGAAGACCGAGCCUGGAAGAAAAUUGCGGCUGCCUUCAGGGGUAUCCCCCUGCAGCCACUCUAUUCUAUCUAAACCCUCAACCCUAACAGGCCAAAAACUUAAAGCCCAUUAGCCCAGUCCCAGUUAGAAAAGGCCCAAAAAAUAGAAACCUGGUCGUCCGAUUAAUCGCGAUUAAUCGACGAUUAAUCGGACGACCAGCUUUCUGGUCGAACUAAUCGAGUCGGACCUCCUAAUCAAAUCCUAGGAGCGACCUGGACGAUUAAUCGCGAUUAAUCGGACGACCUGAAAUCAUUGUGCAGAACUCAAUACUUCAAUAGACAGCAAGUAGUUCAUCAAAUAAAUGGAAAAUAGCAAGUUGAUACUUAUCUGAUUACCAGUCAUCUCCCAUCCAUUCAAUGAACACAGCAUAGCAGAUCAGCAACAACUAGUAAUCAGAGACAAGUGGACAGGACAGCAGUACAAGUGCACAACACAAUUCAUAAAAGGUCUUGUUCAGACAACACAUAGUUCUCAGAAAAGAAGAAAAACAGUCACACAGGCACACAGUAGCAACAGUUCACAAGUUUAAGACACACAUUGGCACAUAUAUGCAUGAAUGCAUCACAAAAGAUAAACCAUGACAUGCGAAAAGGCCCCAGGACCAUAUCAUCUUCCUUCUUCAAUAAGGUUCCAAGUAGUCAUCCUCAUCUUCAUCAAACUCUUCUUUAUCAGAUUCAAACUCUUCUCCUUCAUAGAGCUCUCUCACUCUAGCACUCCUACGCAGCUGAAGUUGUUCUUCUGCUCCCACUGCAUCUCCAAGAACAGACCAAGGUAUCCCAGUACCUUCCAUCUCUUCUUCCUCCUCUUCUCUAUAGACCACUAAUGCAGAAUCAUCUCCAUUCUCAUGCAAAAAUCCUUGAGCUUCAGUUGUAUCAUUAGACAAGAGAACAUCACUGAUCUUCUUUGACUUGAUUUUCUCUCUCUUAUUAAGCAGCUUGGAGUUGAACUGAAUGUAGACUAACUUGUUGAGACGUGUUGUAGUAAGCCUAUUUCUCUUCUUAGUGUGUAUCUAUAGAUUUAAAAUAAGAACAUGUUCAGGUCUGCAAUUUAAUUCAAAAACUCCUGAAAUGUGGACAGCAGAUAGCUACUUACCGCUUCAAACCCGCUCCAAUUUCUUUCACAACCAGAGGCACUUGAUGUCAAAGAAAGGAUCCUUGUUGCCAUCUUCUGUAAGGCUGGUACUUCAGUUCCAUACAACCACCACCAUGAUGCUGGAAUGAAUGAAAACACCACUUUUAGUUAGUAGGUACAAUUAAUUUAUUGUGAGCUGAAAACAACAAAAAUUAUAUUGUAAAUGGUACUACCUCUAUCUGGGUUGUAAUCAAAAUUUUGGAAAGUCCUUGCCAACUUCUUGCUAAAUGGGGUCCUUCCCUGUUUUGAAACUUUCUCAGCUCAACAUGGGCAGCCUGAUCUUGCUUAUCUUCAUCAUGAUAGUAGAAGGUCUCUACACAACUAAUAAAUCCUUCUGUUAUUGUGGGCUCAUCAAAGAUUGCUGGAUUAGCAUAACUGUAGUGUGGAUUCAGCAAAUAAGCUGUCAAAUGCAGUGGAGAAUCAAGUCUUCCCUUCAUCUUCUUGUCAAUAACAGCAAUUACCUCCUUGAACCGA